AGCAAACCAGUACAAAAAAAAUGUGGUGAAAGGGAAAGACAAAUUUCUCUGACACAUGCCGCAGAUGAUGGAAGACAAGGAAACGUAUGCAAGGAUAGUGACCCAAAUGCGGAAGAGACGGAGAGGAGGAGUCACGCAUGUAAAUAAAAACUUUGGUAUACAAGACAGAGUCAUUAGUUGUGUUCUGACUGUUCUACGGCAUACGUUUACCUGACAAACAUGAAGGUUUUCAUUAUCGCUGCUGCCAUCAUAGUAGUUUACGGGCAACCACCCUAUCAUAAACCUACAGAUUACGUUCCUUACCAACUGUUAAACGACUACAAUAGACCACAGUAUCCAGCACAAUCUUACAAGCCGGAAUAUUUAACACCGUCUUACCAGCCGGAAUACCCAGCCCUAGCAUACAAACCUUCAUACGCUGAGCAAACCUAUAAACCCUACCGAGAAGUCCCAGUGUAUAAACCUGUAUCUUCGGCAUUGAAGUACCCUACCUUUGCGUCACCAUAUUCAGUCAGAUACUAACAAAUGUGUUAGUAACUCAUUCAUGUUUUAUGUUCUCAAUUUCUCAAUUGAAAUAAAUGAAAAAAACGUUGUAAAAUUCAAAA